AUGCGGGAUGAAGUCAAAGAUAUGAUCUGUAGCUGGAUGGGAGAAAAAACGGUUAUUGAUCACUCAAGAUAUCUAGGUCUACCAGUUGUCCUUGGAAGAUCAAAAAAGGAAGUGUUCUCAUUUGUUGUUGAGCGCAAUUGGAAGAGGAUGAAAGGUUGGAAGGAGGGUUUCUUAUCAAAGGCAAGAAAAGAGGUUCUAAUUAAAGUAGUGGCACAAGCUAUCCCGAGUUAUAUCAUGAGUAGCUUUAAACAUCCUAAAGGUGUAUGUUCAGAGAUUGAAAGGCUUAUGGCAAGAUUCUGGUGGGGAGCUAAAGAAGGGGAGAGGAAAGUUCACUGGAUGUCGUGGGACAAGCUUUCUGAUGCCAAACAUAUUAUAGGAAUGGGCUUUAGAGGUGUCGUAGAUUUCAAUCUGAGCCUUCUAGAGAAACAAAUUUGGCGCCUACAAAGCAAAGAAUCUUCUCUGCUCUAUAAGGUUUGGAAAAGUAUGUGCUACCUAAACUGUUCAGUCUGUGAGGCUCGUUUGGGGCAAGCUCCUAGUUUUUCUUGGCGUAGUGUCUGGAGCUCUAAAGAGUUGGUCAUAAAGGGUUCGAGAUGGAGGAUUGGAGAUGGUAAGAAAGUUUAUAUUUGGGAUGACAAAUGGUUGCCAUAA